AUGAAUUUGCAGAAUCAAGAACCGAAAAUAAAGCCCGAGUCCAGCUCUAAUGACACAUUCACCAAUUCCACCAUCCAGCCCAUUACCACAAGUAAUGCUCCGAGCACGACCGGAUCGAUGUUACGCCUCUCCUUAUGGGUCUCCUUUUCUGCAUGGAUCUCGAAUUUUGACAAUGGCUACGCCGGCACGGUCCUUAUCAUGCCUUCUUACAAACACGCAUUUGGAAGCUGCGAGCAAGUCCUAGACCCGAACACGUAUGCCAACAUCCAGUAUUGCUCAUUGACACCACUGCAACAAUCACUCAUCAGCCUCAACUUCCUGUUCAUUGCCAUCGGAGGCGGGAUUGCGGGCGUGACAGGCCAAUACAUUGGACGCAGGGGUUCAAUCCAGGCUGGAUGCACAUUGGCUAUUAUCGGUGCGGCUGGAAUGCUUGGCACCAGUGGAAGCUUCUUGCGCUACAUGGUGUGCAGAUCAAUCAGUGCUGUGGGACUUGGACAGCUGAUGGCAGCCAGUGUCACGUACGGCUCCGAGUGCAUCGUGGCCAACAAGCGUGGGCUGUCUUUAGGAUUGUAUAAUGUCGGGCUUGCUGGGGGGAAUGUUGCUGCUUUUGCGGUGUGUGCGGGUUCUGCUCAUCUGGAGCCCACCAAUGACUGGCAGUGGAAGACACCCAUUCUAUGCCAAAUACCCUUGGGAGUGAUUCUCGGUGCUGGGAUCCUGAUGCUCCCUGAGUCUCCGCGCUGGCUCAUGGGACAUGGCCGAGAGGAAGAGGCGCGGAUCUCGUUCAGCGUGCUGUACAACCAGAGUCCAUAUUCGCCGGAGAUCACGGCGCAGAUUGAUGAUAUCAGGACAAACCUUGCAAAUGAGCGUGAAGCCCUAAAAUCUGUCUCGUUCUUUGAUAUUUAUAGUAGGAAGCAUGUGGGUCGCACCUUGACAUCCGCCAUGAUCAUGGUUGGACUCGCCAUUACUGGUAUCCAGUUUGUGCAACCGUACGCUACACUAUUUCUCAAAGGAGUUGGCAUCAGCGACCCAUACCUAAUCAAUGUCAUUAUUGGCUUGUGCAUCCUAGGAGGAUCGUUUUUUGGCCCGUUCAUUGUGGAAUACGGCGGAAGGAGAAUUGCCAUGCUUUCGGGCUACAUUGCCAUGGCUGUCUGCAUGCUAACUCUUUCAUCUGUGAGCACUGCUCUUGGAAUGGACGAAACUGCCGAGAUAGUGACGGUUGUUCUUCUGUGCUUGUGGGCUUUUGUCUUUGGUGGGACUAUUGCUGCGAGUGCUAACCUAUCUUCUGUGGAGAUGCAUAGUGUCUCACUUCGCACCUUUGGACAAGCCAACACAACAGUAUUCUAUGGUAUUUUCGCCUUUGGUGCAACAUUUUGGACGCCCUACAUGUUAGGCGCGGACUACGGGGACAUGGGUCCCAAUGUGGGCUAUUUCUAUGCUGGGGUCACCGCCGUCAUUGGGAUUUUAACUUUCUUGUUCGUACCAGAAACUGCUGGGGUUACACUGGAGCAGAUCGAUGAGGGCUUCAAUUCGGGAAUAAAGGCAUGGAAAACAUCACUACCCAAGAAUAAGGCCAUCGCUUCCCAGAAGCGGAACAUGGCAGGUGGAAACGUCGGAGCUUAA